AAUAAAGGAGAAAAAAAAUGUAAAAAAUAACAUCAGAUGAAAGUAAAAGCUGUAAACACAGUGAUAAGUAUCAAUAUAUGUACUUAAAAUCCAUCAAUAACUUUAUUAGUUUCUUUUCUUCCUUGCACGCCAUGUUCGUAAAGAAGCAUUUUUUAAAAUUUAUCGAGUAAAUAAGUAAGUGCAGAAGCGUCACUAACGCAUUUUAACUGCUAUUUCCAUUUCGGAAGGGCUACUUAGAGGAAAUCGUUAAAGUCACUUCGAAUGGGUAAAUAGUAUUGUUAGACUUGUCACAAUCAAUAUGUGAAAGGCACGUCGGAAAUUGUGUUUGAGUUGCAGGAAAUGUUUUUAUGGAGCUCAAUGAAAUUAUUAAAUUCAGUGAUUGACUCUGUCAUCGGGUCUUUUAUUUUCUUAUUAAAAAGUAGGAUGCCAAUUUGUCAUUUUAGGUUGUUUUUAUAUUUGAAUUGUGUCUUUAUUGAAGUAUUUCUUAUAAAAUCUACUAAGAGCCAGUGUAGCUGUGAAGAGAAAGAAAACUACCUAAUCCUUCCAGGUUAUAAUAAAAAUAAUCACCCUAAUCAAGAUGAAGGUAAACCAACAACUGUCUAUUUUAGCCUUGAUAUUAUGGAUAUUGAUGAAAUAACCGAAGAACGAAUGGAGUACUCAAUGCAGUUCUAUAUAAACGAAUAUUGGAAAGAUCUUAGGUUGAACUAUUCUUCUAUGGAGGUAGGUUCCCACAUACCAAGAGAAUUACACAAUAAAAUAUGGAAGCCAGAUACCAUAUUUGAAGAUUCUAAAGGGGGAUGGAUCUAUCAACUUUCAGUUCCUAACGACGUGAUUCAAGUGCACAAAUAUGGUUAUUUACACCAUUAUGCAAGAUAUAAUAUGAAGUUAGCAUGUUCAAUGCUUUUGUACACUUUUCCAAUGGAUACGCAAUUGUGUUACAUGAAUAUUACUUCCU